AGUCAUUAGGAAAUGUCUCCACAGCCGGCACAGUGACAGCAGCUGUCAGCCCAGCUGGGUGGCUCCCAUCUCCCAUCUGUGGAGGACUUGGAUAGAAAGACCGACACCACUCUCUCAGGUUCGAGUCUCAGCGACUUUGCCCAUUUCCAAAAUACCAGACACAUCCUCCAAGAAUGAAAAUGGACUUUUCCUGGGGUUAAUCAGGACCUUCUGACAGCCUUGAGCCACCACUUAAGGAGACGCUGAAGAGUGAUCGGACAUGGCUGCUGAGGCCUGUUAUCUCUAAAGGGCCAUGUCAGAAGGAGGAAGCAAGGACAGCUCGGGCAGCGAGUGCCCUGUGUGCUAUGAGAAGUUCCGGGAUCUGGAGGGCGCCAGCCGGACACUGAGCUGCGGCCAUGUGUUCUGCCAUGACUGCUUGGUCAAGUACCUGCUCUCUACCCGGGUGGAUGGACAGGUGCAGAGGACUAUCGUCUGCCCCAUCUGCCGCUACGUCACCUUCCUCAGCAAGAAGAGCUCCCGAUGGCCCUCCAUGCUGGACAAGAGCUCGCAGACCCUGGCUGUGCCUGUGGGCCUGCCCUCCACGCCCUCACCAGACCGUGGAGGCCACACAAACCCCCUGGUUAUUUCCCACCAGGUCUGGAGACAAUCAUCAAGCCAGGGGUCUCAGCUCCCCUUGGACCUGCUACCCAGCCUGCCCCGAGAGUCACAGAUUUUCAUCAUCAGUCGCCACGGGAUGCCGCUGGGGGAACAGGACAGCGUGCUGCCCCGACGCAGCCUGGCAGAGAUAUCAGAGGCAUCCCCGGCUCCCAGCGCUACCCGCUCUUUCUGCUGCCGGUCUCGGGCCCUCCUGCUCAUCACCCUCAUUGCCGUGGUGGCUGUGGUAGCUGCCAUCCUGCCCUGGGUGCUGCUGGUGAGGAAGCAGGCCUGAGUGGUGGCAAUGCAGAGGACAGGGGAGCAAGGCCGGGUAUCUAAGCUGUGCUCCGUGCUGUGCUGGCCACAGCUUGGGAGAGGGCAGAAGGUCCUAGUGUAGACCUGGUACAAUCAAGCUUCAGAGGGAUGUCCUAGACUCAGAGAGGUCUUGGGUGGGGCCAGAUUGGAAGGCUAAGGGCUUUGUCUCCACCCUUUCCAUCCCUGGUCAGGCAGUGAGGGCUUUGUCAUGAGGAGAGGCUAGGGGCAGAGAUACUCUGAGGCUAACACUGAAUGGCCGACUCCCCAUUUGUGACCCCAUAAGUAUCCCGAACAAACACCCCCAUCUCUAGGCUGGAACUUAGCAAGCUAGAAGCUGGGUGGCCACUGCUCUACUAUAGGGACAUAAACCUUACCUGUCAAGUGACCAACCUGAAGCCAGGUAGACCUACCUCCUAGACACAAGGAAGUGUCCUGCCAGAUGGGAGCCCAGCGGAAGGCUUGCUCCAGGUCAGAAUUCCCGCCCACAGAGGGUCCUCUACAGUGCCCCCAGGAAGAAACAGAAGUUGAUGCAGUCCUAGAUCCAGUUUUUCCAGCAUCUUAGCCUCAUAUAUGAGCCUCAAGCAGCCCAUGGAUAAGUGUUCCUAUCUCCAACCCAUCAUCUUGAAAGAGGAAGAUGAUGAUCUCAGAAGCCUUAGCCCAGGGUGGGGGGGGCUGGGGCAACAGAGAAAAGGGUUUUCUGGGUAGUCGAGACAACAGAAAACACUAGUGAAAGAGGCCGCUAUUGACAGAAUAGCCACAGCCUCAGAGGUUUCUGUAGACUGCCAGGCCCAAGGAGCAGACCUGAUUUCCAGUCUUAGGGCUCUCGAGGGUGAAAUAGAAGACAAGGGUGGAGGGGACGCCCUCCAGGUGAGACCUGAGUCAGCUGAGAGCUAUGUGAGCAAAUUAACCCCUGGGGGCUCCCACCUCCCUCCCUCCCAAGUCCACCUUCUCAUGAUCCAACCAUUCAUUAGACGCCACACCAGCCGGGCCAGUUUCCCAGGUGGAUUCUCUAGGGCUGAGCCGGGUGAGGAAGGGUGGGGAAGAAAGCAGCCGAGCUUGUCAGCUGGCUCAACAGAUGCUCACAGCCAGGCACUGUGCCCUGGCGUGGUUGGGUACCUCACUAACGACGCCUAUAAGGAAAGCCUCAGAGUGGGUCUCUCUUGAGGAAGUCCCCGAGGAAGCUAAUUCCUUGUCUCUGAGAACAACCGAGACUUCUAGCUACUGUCACAAAUAGGAGGGGUUUGGCAUCCAGGGUGUGCCAGUAGCUGAGCCCAUCCACGACUUCUACACAGAAGUUCACUAUCUGUGUGGAAGGAAAUACCUCUGUGCCUCUUAGCUACUUCUCGGACGUCUGCCAUGGUUGACACCCAGGGACCAUCAGAGAAGAACCUCACCCAACAAGGGAUCUUUGCCACAAAAUGGCUGUGGCCUGCAGGUGCUGGCCAGUGGACUUAUACUUCUUUUAAGGCUAGAGGACAGAGGUGCUGUGCAGAUGUGGAGGGAACAGGUGGAUGGUGGGGCAAUAUUUAUUAUAAAGACAAAAUGAACUUUGCAGACUUGUGAGUCUGUGUCCACCCCAGCCAGGCUGUGCUGAUCAGUGCCAUGAGAUUCUAGGGAACUGAUUCAAAGCUUUCCGGAUCCUGCUGCGUUUGCGGAGACACUUCCCAAAAUACCUGUGAUGUUUUCACGUUUGUUCAGCCACAACCUGUGGAGGCUACUUCUUUUACUUUCAAAUAAAGGUGGAAAGCCAUUUUUAAAAUAAAAGUAUAUAUUUUCUCAGAGUCCAGAGCCCUUUGCAAUGUGUGUAGACUCUUGAAGUCAUUCUCUAGACUGAAUAUACAGAUCCUAAAGUCCCUAAGACCCUGAGAUGAGACUCAUUUGUAAAACAAAUAUAAAUCACAACUGCUCGCAUCGCUUAUUAACUCCUGUUCCUCUGUUGGGCCUGGGGAGGCAGCUGAACUGUUAGUGGAAAUGCAUUUGCUUUUUGAUUUUGUUGUUAUUUGCUUGGUUUGGUUUUGAUUUGGUUUUUGGAUUUUUUUUUUUUUUUGAGACAGGAUUUGUCCAUAUAGCCUGGCUGUCCUGGAACUCUCUCCAGACCAGGCUGGCCUUGAACUUUCAAAGAUCCACCUGCCUUUCCCUCCCAAGUGCGGGGAUUAAAAAUGUGUGCCAACUCCGCCUGGCUAGAAUUGCGUAUUUGUAAAAGCUGUCCAAUGAAACUGGACACAUCAUUUCUCAGAGUUUCCACUUUGUGUUCUAGAAAUGUGUCUCCUUGGUACAGCUGUCUAGAUGGCUGGUGACAUACACACAAAAUUGUGGCUCUAUUUGUAAUCACAAAGCAUCAGAAAACCCCUACAUGGUAAUCAACAAACAACUAGUUAUUGACCUGAGAUCCAGGGCCUGUGGUCCCAAGAAGGACUAAUCGAUGUAGCAACAAACGGAAAUGAAAUGAGCUAGGCACGGAACACUGUAUUCUGGACACUAUGAUUUCUGUGGGAAGAGGAAUAAAUAUUUUCCUAUUU